AAAUACCGUUCCAUGCCAUCUGUCCUUGCCACUGACUACUGUUUCUGUCCUGAUUCUUCAAUCGCGAUCGGCCUGAGCUCUACUCUAUUAAUUCCCUUCUUCUGUUCAUCUCCGAUCGCAAUACUGCCUCCAAGGCAGUAACACAGCACACCGUCAUGGCUCUUCGCCGCCCGUUCACUCUUCCCCGGCAAUUGCUGCGACCGGUAACUCGCGCCUCGUUCAACUACUUCUACGAACAGAGACAGGGUCUCGCAACAGCAGUACCGCCAGUGACUCAGGAUGCGACCGGCUCCAAGGGCCCCACGGCCAUGGUUUUUCUCAACAUGGGAGGACCUUCGACAACGGGCGAAGUGGAGGACUUUCUCAGCCGGUUAUUCGCCGACGGCGACUUGAUCCCCCUGGGUCGACUGCAAUCAUACCUCGGACCCCUGAUCGCGAAGCGAAGAACCCCCAAGAUCCAAAAGCAGUACGCGGAGAUCGGCGGCGGCUCGCCGAUCAGGAAGUGGUCGGAAUACCAGUGUGAGGAGAUGUGCAAGCUGCUGGACAAGAUCAACCCGGAGACCGCGCCGCACAAGCCAUAUGUGGCGUUCCGCUACGCCGCACCCCUGACCGAGACGAUGUAUGCGCAGUUGCUACAGGACGGAUUCGGCAACGGACGAGGUGGACGGGCCGUUGCCUUCUCGCAGUACCCGCAGUACUCCUGCUCUACGACCGGGAGCUCGCUGAACGAGCUGUGGAAGUGGAGGAACCGCUUGGAGGGACCGCGGGCCAACGGCGACGCGCAGCCCGCCGGUGCGAUUGAGUGGAGCGUCAUCGACCGGUGGCCCACGCACCCGGGUCUGGUCGAGGCCUUCGCGAGGAACAUCGAGGAUCAGUUGAAGACCUAUCCGGAGGACAAGCGGGACGGUGUCGUGCUCUUGUUCUCGGCCCACAGUCUGCCCAUGAGCGUUGUCAACAGAGGUGACCCUUACCCGGCAGAGGUUGCGGCCACUGUCCAUGCAGUGAUGCAGCGACUGAAGUUCAGCAACCCUUACAGACUGUGCUGGCAAUCUCAGGUCGGACCGAAGGCUUGGCUGGGCGCACAGACAAGUGACACGGUCCAGGAAUACGUCAAGCGGGGGCAGACGGACAUCGUUCUGGUUCCGAUUGCGUUCACUAGCGACCAUAUUGAGACUCUCUACGAGCUGGAUCUCGAAGUGAUGGAGGAGGCGAACCACCCGGGGGUCAAGCGGGCGGAGAGUCUGAACGGGAGCCCGACCUUCAUCCAAGCCCUGGCGGACGUUGCACAGGAGCAUCUACGCAAGGGGGAGAAAUGUUCGCUGCAGAUGACUCUGCGUUGCCAGGGCUGCAAGAGUGAGCGAUGCUUGGAACAGAAGAAGUUCUUUGCUGGUGAACGUGGUUCUUCGUUGGUUCUCUAAUUGCACGGUGCUCCGGAUGGCAGGCAGGCGUUUAAUUUCUACUCUCAUGUUGUUUAAAAUGUAUUGGAUAGAAGAAGUUCAAAGUUCAGCCUUGUGUAUGUCUUGGCUUGGAGGUUGUGUACAUUAAAGCCAGUCGGAGAGUCGGAGCUCCGAG